ACAAGAAGCCAUCACCACGAGCACGAGGUAGCCGCGGCAAGAGCAGAGACGAGCGCACGUGCCAUCAGCAGCCAUGGCCGCCGCCGCAGCCACCUCCUCCCACUUGCUCCUGCUCUCCCGCCAGCAGGCGGCCUCCCUCCGAUGCCGCCUCUCCUUUCUCGGCCAAUCCAGGAGGCCCGCCAGCAGGGGCGCGGCGUCGGGUGCCAGCGUGCGGUGCAUGGCGGCCGUGGACACGGCGCCCGCGGCGACGGAGGCGAGCAGCACGAAGAGCAGCUAUGAGAUCGUGACGCUCACGACGUGGCUUCUGAAGCAGGAGCAGGCCGGGGUGAUCGACAACGAGAUGACCAUCGUGCUGGCCAGCAUCUCCACGGCGUGCAAGCAGAUCGCGGCGCUCGUGCAGCGCGCGCCCAUCUCCAACCUCACCGGCGUCCAGGGCGCCGUCAACGUGCAGGGCGAGGACCAGAAGAAGCUCGACGUCGUCUCCAACGAGGUGUUUUCUAACUGCCUCAAGUCGAGCGGGCGCACCGGGGUGAUCGCGUCGGAGGAGGAGGACGUGCCGGUGGCGGUGGAGGAGAGCUACUCCGGCAACUACAUCGUCGUGUUCGACCCACUCGACGGCUCCUCCAACAUCGACGCCGCCGUCUCCACCGGCUCCAUCUUCGGCAUCUACGCCCCCAACGACGAGUGCCUCGCCGACGUUGAAAACAGCGGGACCCUCGAUUCGGUGGAGCAGAGGUGCGUCGUGAGCGUGUGCCAGCCGGGGAGCAACCUGCUGGCCGCCGGCUACUGCAUGUACUCGAGCUCGGUGAUCUUCGUGCUCACCCUGGGCGCGGGUGUGUACGUGUUCACGCUGGACCCCAUGUACGGGGAGUUCGUGCUGACGCAGGAGAAGGUGCAGAUCCCCAAGGCCGGCAAGAUCUACGCCUUCAACGAGGGCAACUACGCGCUCUGGGACGACAAGCUCAAGAAGUACAUGGACAGCCUCAAGGAGCCCGGCGACUCCGGCAAGCCCUACUCCGCGCGCUACAUCGGCAGCCUCGUCGGCGACUUCCACCGCACGCUGCUCUACGGAGGGAUCUACGGGUACCCCAGGGACAGGAAGAGCAAGAACGGCAAGCUGCGCCUGCUCUACGAGUGCGCGCCCAUGAGCUUCAUCGUCGAGCAGGCCGGCGGCAAGGGAUCCGAUGGACACCAGAGGAUUCUUGACAUCACGCCCACAGAGAUCCACCAAAGAGUGCCCCUGUACAUUGGGAGCGUGGAGGAAGUGGACAAGGUGGAGAAAUUCCUGGCGUGAAUGUGCCCGCUUAACGCGAGAGCUGUUUCAUUUUCAUCAGAUGGACAGCUAAGAUCAACAAUACAGUAUGGGCCGUUUGGGAGGGCUUCCCCAAAACGACUUCACCGUUGAAGUAAAAAGCCACCGUUGAAGUAAAAAGCCGUGAAGAAAAAAAAACUGGCUCCACCUAUUCAUUUUAACAGCUUUACGCUACAGUGUCUUAAUUUGCGUAAAACAGGUGAAGCCGAAGCCAAAAUAAGCCCUGCCAAAUAGGGUCUAUAUAUUGUAGAAUUUUAUUUUGAUGAUGGGGAAAAUCCAUUUUUGAAGAAUUCCGUUCUUGAGUUGCAAAGUCUAACUAGAUCAAGUUAGGGAGGGGAUUCAUCAUCUAUGGUUACAAUUUUCAUCUGCUACAGAACUUCAAAAGGUGAUCGCA